AUGUCAAAAGCUGCAUCGAUUAUUACACCUAGAAUAAGCGAGUUAAAAGUUGAAAAUGGAAUUUUGAUCGGAUGCGAAUUGUGUCGACAGGUGAACAGAGAAUCGGAAGAGAUAGACGUGAAUGAACUCGUAGCGAACCAGAGAAGAGAAGUAAGACGUGGUAGCCAACAACGAUCAUCGAGGAAAUGCGCGCUCUGCCGUUUCUUGAAGUCGCUCUGCGCCUCCCAUCAUUUCAAAAACUUACAGGUGGAGAUGCUGUACCAACGAUACUUUCUACGAAUGAACCAAAGCAACAUGACGCACGUUCUUGGCCUAUUGGUGGGACUGGCCCUCGCUCUGGGCGUGUUACUGGUCCUGAAACUGAUUCUGGACAGCAAUCAACAAUUUCUCGACACUCUGGAAAGGCCGGAGAACUUGUUUUUAGCGAUAACAUUGAUCACCUGUGUCGCGAUCUACGCCGGUAAGUGUAUAGCCCCGAGAUAA